AGUGAUGUAUCGAUUGACAAAGUCUGGUUAUGUCAAGACUCUUACACACGGCACAGAUUCCGAUCACGCCAGUAAAGUGUUGGACUUGGCGUGCUCGUCGACUCAUUUUGUCUUUGCGACGUCCAGUAUGGGAGGCAGCGUCAAGAUUUGGGACGAGGAGAACACGCUGCUUCGUGAACUCGUACUCGGCUCGCCCAUAAAAUCGGUCGGAUUCUGCAACAUGAAAGGAGACUUGUUGGUCGGUUGCGGUAAACAUAUCAGUGCUAUUCCAGUUCAACGUUAUCUUCCCACUUCGUACCUGAAGCCUCUACUGAAGAGCAACGUCAAGGACGAUUCAUCAGAAAGAACUCUUCGGUUUGACUCAGACGUGAAGUUUUGGUAUGAUCCUGGCCGCGUGCCUGCCAUGUCUCUUGCUUCAAACCGUCGCAAUUCUUGUCCUCCUCCUCUCCCGAAUUUUAAAGAAAGAAUGAUGUCUGUACAGCUACCACUCAUACCGUCGAUGGAAGUAGAAAAGGAAUCAAUCGGAGAACGCGGGUCGACAUCGACGUCACAAGCAUUGCGCACAGCCAUCGGGUCGGACUCCAGACGAACCGUUUCUUCUAUUCUCCCUCCCGUACGGCGUGUAUCGAUGUUUAGUCGUAUUCCUCACACGGAUGAUUCUCUUAUUUGUAUCGGAGCUUCUGUUCGUACGAAUAGAGAGACAGCAAAACAAGACGGUCGCUCGACUGAGCGACCGUUCAUGUGCGCGACCGGCAGCUACUUGCCUAAUUCUGUCGUACGCAGAUCACUAACUAGAGACCGUCGUAGUUUUGAAGGCAACAUUGAUGAUAUUCAGUCCGUUCUGGUGAGAAAAAGGGAAUCUUUGACAACAACGGACCGAGCAGUUACGGACAAAAUGGCGCUAGCAUUAGGAGGCAAGAAGAGUGAGGAAAUCGAGAGUAUUACUCAUUCUCUUUCAAUAGUACAGUCGACGGGAUGGUUACCUGCAUUGUCGGACGAGACGAGUGUGGUGAGACAGACUUCCGAGUCAAACAGUCGGAAACGUUCGGUUGAUGUAAGCAAUUCACAGAAAUCUGCUGUAGCCGACUCGUCAGUCGUAGAUUCACUAAAGCCAACAUAUUCGUAUUAUGAAGGAGAUCAGAGCGAUAUAGAGGAAACAGAAGAUGAAAGUAGAGUUUUGGUUCACAGAAAGAAAUUGAAGAGAACGAGUCGAGAAAGACCAGAAAGACAACUAUUCUUUAUCAAGACCAACCGAGGAGAGUCGGAAACGGAAGAAGAAAAUGGUGUCCGAUUACUACGUGACGAGCAUCUAAAGCACGAGAAGAGGCAAAGAAAUGAAUCGCGGAACAGACUCAAAGACGACGUAGAAAACAAUUGGCAAAGAAAACACUUCGAAGAGGAAAGAAGAAAGCGAAGUGCAGACGAACAUUCCGACAACACAAAAGACGACAGAAGAAGACGGAGUGACGACAGAUCGGGAGCCGAACCGAAAGGGCAAAGAAAGAGAGGAAUAAGAGAGAAACAGAUAGAAAGAAACGACGGCACCACAGAGUUAUACCAUCUAGACGACACGACGACACACAAACGAGGGACAAAGUAUGGAGAGGCAACGAUCUAAAUGUCACACUAACUAAUACGAACACUUCGAUUGCACAUGUUGAAGGCAAUAAAUGUCGCCACGCAAUAGAUAAUUUGCUCUAAUUG